ACACAAAAAGGAACCAACAAUUUUUUUUUGAGGCCCACUAGGAAGCAAGAGCAAUAUCUCAUUUUGGCGCCUUAUUUAAGCAAAUUUAGCGCGGGAGAUAAGAGCUUUCAAUCCCUAAUUCCCAAUCAGCAAUCGAGAAAUCGGAAAAGGAUGGGCGGCCACGAUCUGGAAAUGGAGAAAGCUCGACUCUUAAGUUUGGCUCUUAAUUUUGGGUUCGAUGAAGAAUCGGCCAACAAGUGCUUGGAUCGUAUGGUUGAUCUCUACGGUGAAGAUGGCCUGGAUUUUAUUACUGUGGAGCAUUGCGGUGAUGAGUUUCUUUCACAACUAGCUGAAUCUGUUCAAGACACUGAAGAAUGGGAUGAUUUACAAGCAAUGGAGUCUGAAGCUUGUGGAGCAUUGAAUAACAUGUUUGGAAAUGGUAAUGAAGCAGGUAACUAUGAUAAUGCUAGUGCCAAAACCAACAUGCCAGAAGAUUCACUUGAACGUCAAAAGUACCCAAAUUUGUUGGUGCUGGAUUCAAGUGAUAGUGAAGACUUUGAAUUAAGAACUCCAUUAAGAAGAACAGUUGGAUCCUUUUCUUCUUCAUGUCCUGUGCAGAGCAAUUCUGCCCUACCCCAGAAUAUGGAAAGAUCAAGGGGUUGUGAAAGCACCAUUAGUCGAGACAGAGUUCCAUCAAUUUCUAGUAAGAAGCAGUGUGUUCGAACAGCAAAGGAUGAAUUUAAGACCCUUACUUAUGAAGAACUACAGUUGCUGGAUGAUGCUGAGCUGGCCAAUGUUGUAAUAUUUGGUAAUAGGACCUUUCGACCAUUGCAGCAUCAGGCUUGUAAAGCAGCCAUGGAAAAGCAAGAUUGCUUUAUCCUAAUGCCUACUGGAGGGGGUAAAAGCUUAUGUUACCAGCUUCCUGCAACCCUGAAACCAGGUGUGACAAUAGUUGUCUCUCCACUGCUUUCUCUUAUUCAGGAUCAGAUAGUAACUCUGAACCUCAAGUUUGGUAUACCAGCAACUUUUUUGAAUUCUCAGCAAACUGCUUCCCAAGCAGCAGCUGUCCUCCAAGAGCUGAGGAAAGAUAAGCCAUCAUGCAAACUUCUGUAUGUGACUCCUGAGAGAAUUGCUGGAAGCUCAUGUUUCCUUGAGGUUCUAGAAUGCUUGCAUUUGAAGGGGAUGCUAGCAGGAUUUGUUGUUGAUGAAGCGCACUGCGUAAGCCAAUGGGGACAUGAUUUUCGUCCAGAUUACAAGGGAUUAGGUUGUCUUAAGCAGAAGUUCCGAGAUGUUCCGGUGAUGGCAUUGACUGCUACUGCAACCCAUCCAGUUCGUAAGGACAUACUAAAAAUUUUGAAAAUUCCCCAUGCUCUUGUCCUUGAAAGAAGCUUUGACAGACCCAAUUUGAAAUAUGAAGUGAUUCGUAAGGCGAAGGAAGCACUAAAGCAGCUUGGGCAACUAUUGAUGAGCCGUUUUCAGAACCAGUGUGGAAUUAUAUACUGCCUCUCCAAAAGUGAAUCCGUUGAGGUUUCAAAAUUUCUGAAUGAGAAAUUUAAGAUUAAGACAGCGCAUUACCAUGCCGGGAUGGCAGCUCGCCAAAGAGUUGCUGUCCAAAAGAAAUGGUACACAGGAGAGAUCCAAAUUGUAUGUGCAACAAUUGCUUUUGGGAUGGGAAUAGACAAGCCAGAUGUUCGUUUUGUUAUACACAACAGUCUAUCCAAAUCCAUUGAAAGCUAUUAUCAAGAAUCUGGAAGGGCUGGCAGAGAUGAUCUUCCUUCAGCAUGCAUUGUCCUGUACCAGAAGAAGGAUUUUAGUCGGGUUGUAUGUAUGUUGCGAAACGGACAAGGAUUUAAAAGUCAAAGCUUCAAGGCAGCUAUGGCUCAAGCUCAGAAAAUGCAGGAGUAUUGUGAAUUAAAGGCUCAGUGUCGGAGACAAAUGUUGCUCAAACACUUCGGAGAGUCUUUUGAUGAAAACGCCUGCAAAAAUGGAUCUAAUCCUUGUGAUAACUGUCUCAAGACUUCCUAGUUAUGUUUUUGACGCUGAUUUCAACGUUUUUGAUGCUGAUUUCAACUUCAUUGUCAUCAGAGUAUCAGACAUUAGUUUGCUAAUUUGGUCCAUGGUGUCUGCACAUGAUGUAAGUAAAGAAUAUGUUGAUCUUCAGAUUUUACCUGUCAUGUAUGUAGCAUUCUAUGUGCUUGUCAAGUAGGUUUUUCAAUGUCUGUAUCAGCACUGAUUUGUUUAGCUCAGAACGUUCAAAUUUUAUGUCCUGUAUAAUUGAUGACUGAUAUGACGAAAUUAUGUCAAUUUACCCCUA